GAGUCAGUGUUCAUUCAGGGCGGGGCAGCACCAGCACACUACUCCACCAAACACCAACCUCCUCCACCACCCCAUCACGGAAAAACGCCAUGAUUGUCAUAAACAUUUAAGUCUGCGCAUGCGCCAUAUGUCUCCUUCAUUGUGCCCUGUCUGAAGCUAAGCUAGCUGUCAAUCCGCUCCUGCAGCAUCACACCAGGGACCCUCCACAAGCUCUGCAGACGCCCUUUGCACACAUUAGCACCGCACAAUGGCCGUCCCUCCUUCAUACUCAGACCUCGGCAAAGCUGCCAAGGAUAUCUUCAGCAAGGGCUAUGGCUUUGGUGUUGUGAAGCUGGACCUCAAGACCAAAUCACAAAGUGGAGUGGAGUUCAACACAUCUGGCUCCAGUAACACAGACACAGGAAAGGCUGCCGGGAGCCUGGAGACCAAAUACAAGAUGAAGGAGCUCGGCCUGAGCUUCAACCAGAAGUGGAACACAGAUAACACGCUGGCGACUGAAGUUACUGUGGAGGACCAGCUGGCUCAAGGAUUGAAGGUUGCCUUGGACACGUCUUUUGUACCAAACACAGGUAAGAAGAGUGGCAAGCUGAAGUCGGGCUACAAGCGCGACUACGUCAACCUGGGCUGCGACGUCGACUUCGAGGGUCCCAUCAUCCACGCCACGGCCGUGCUUGGCUACGAGGGCUGGCUGGCCGGCUACCAGAUGGCCUUCGACACGGCCAAGUCCAAACUGGCCCAGAACAACUUCGCUCUGGGAUACAGGGCCGGAGACUUCCAGCUGCACACCAAUGUUAACGACGGGACCGAGUUCGGCGGCUCCAUCUACCAGAAGGUGAACGAUGAGCUGGAGACAGCGGUCACUCUGGCUUGGACCGCCGGCAGCAACAACACUCGCUUCGGCAUCGCAGCCAAAUACAAGCUGGAUAAAGACACCUCUCUGUCUGCCAAAGUGAAUAACGCCAGUCUGAUCGGAGUUGGAUACACCCAGAGCCUCCGGCCAGGUGUGAAGGUUACCCUCUCUGCUCUGAUCGACGGGAAGAACUUCAACGCCGGUGGACACAAAGUGGGGAUGGGCUUCGAGCUGGAAGCAUAAAGAGAGAGAACAACCUCGAGUCGGGACCCCUUCCAAUGAAAAAGAAGAAAAAGCCCCUCACACACACACACACACACACACACACACACACACACACACACACACACACUCCUCUGUCCCUAUUCACCACCAUCAUCAUGUAGCACCUCCUCUCCUCCUCCUCCUCCCUUCUCUCAGUUCACACACUUAUCAAGCAUUUUUGACAGUAAUAGUCGAGUCCGAGCUUCUUUAACCCCCCCCCCCUUACCACCCCAUCAAGAAAGGAGCUGUGAGGUUGAAACUGACGGUGCAUAAUGUGGUUUGUUACCGGGUUUUUUUCUGGUUAUUGAAGCAGAAACUAUUUAUUUCCCCUUGUUAGGUAGAUCGAUUGUUGAUGACGUAGCUAUCGGUGUACGUGUGUAGCUCAUUUUUACAUAAAGUUUCAGUUUUUUUUCCAGCUGUUCCUAAACGCAUAUAAAAGAAUGUGGGAUGCAGAGCUUAAAACAAUAAAAGAAGAAGCUUAUUUGCUUGGUUAACAGGAAGAAAAAAAAGGUGCAGAGUGUUUUGUUUUGUUUGAUUUGCUCAGUUUUGUUGUCCACUUUUAAAUCCAUGUACAUGUUUUUUUUGUUACAACACAUUUUAAUGAGGAGUGUUUUUUGGACAUUAUUUAAUCGAUUUACAGGAGCAAUGAGAUGCUCCCCAAAUGAUCUUUUAAUCCUUUUUUUUGUGACUUCUCAUUUUUAAAUCGGUAGGUGAAAUCAAUGUAGUGGAAUCUUCCGGUAGCUUUAUAUUAAUUAGUUAGGUAGUUAGGUAGCUUAUAUUAUUCCUUACAUUUCUACAAUAUUGUUUUCAUCUGUCUUGUCUUUAGAGCAGCGGUCACAAAGAACGAGGACGUCAUCAUUUGAGGAUUUUUUUUUAUUUUUUUUCUCUUAUUUCUUCUUCUUUGGUUGUUUUUGCAUAGACGGUCUCGUAGGUAUCUUUAGCGGUUCAGUGGCACCGGGCGUGUUAACUUCGACAGCCAGCUGUUUCCUCAUGUUGCUCUUGGGACUGCACUCGUUACUGUCAGCGCUCUCUCUCUCUCUCUCUCUCUCUCUCUUUCUCUUUCUUUCUCUUGAUUUCUUUCUCUAUCUACACUCCUCAGAUCUGUACAGUUUAUUGUUCUCUCAAUGAUUCCAGUCAAAGAAAAACAAAAUGCUUAAUAGGAUAAAUGUGAGAAGGGUGUAAAGUCCCAACUGUCUUACGUCUUUAUCCUGUCUCUCCUCCUGUCUUUUUUUUUCUUUGGUUUAUACAUUUAAAAUAUGUAUUUCCAUCUAAUUAUGUUGUCAUGAUUUUAAAACUCAUUUCUUUGUCAUUUUAGACACAGUACCUCAUUUUUUUUCCAAUGUCAACUAAGGGAAUUCUAAUAAUAAAGUAAAAAAAAAAACAUG